GCUACGCAGUGCGGGUACGCGGAAGAGAUGUCGGCAGGGAGGAGGACCGACGCUCACAACUGACCUUAUUUCGGGCUUAUUUCAUUAAAGUGUGGUUCAGGGGGCAGAGUGAAGGAUGGGCAGGAGCACACACGGCCUGUCGUACCAUGAAAGCUCGGCUGUCUCCGCCCAACACCGACUUUUUAACGCUUUAUCCCGGGAGGAGUAGCUCCGCUCCGAGGCUAACCUGCUAGCUCCUGGGGCCCGUCGAUUCUCCAGCGAACAUCCAUCUCACCACAGACAGCAACAAUGGUGUACCUGCUGAAUCCUAUAGAGAACCUGAGGAGCUACAUCAACAACCGUCCACCGCUGGUCAUCUUCAUGAUCAGUGUCAGUGCCGUGGCCAUCGCCUUCCUCACCAUCGGAUAUUUCUUCAAGAUUAAAGAGAUCAAGUCUCCGGAGCUGACCGAGGACUGGAACACCUUCCUGCUGCGCUUCAACGAGCUGGACUUCUGCGUGUCGGAGAACGAGACCAUAAAGCACGGGCUGAACGAGUCCACCACGCCGGAGAGCCUGGUGGUGACCAGCGGCCAGGCGCGCUCCAGCACCCAGGCGCCCCUCCUGCUGGAGGACUCGGGUCCCAUCAACAUCUCGGUCCCCAUCACGCUCACGCUGGACCCCCAGCGGCCCUUCGGAGGAUACUCUCGCAAUAUCACCCACCUGUACGCCACGGUGCUGGGCCAGCAGGUGGGCCUGUCCGGCCGGGAAGCCCACGAAGAAAUCAACAUCACCUUCACCCUGCCCGUGUCCUGGAACUCGGACGACUGCGUGCUGCACGGACACUGCGAGCAGGUGGUGUUCAGCACCUGCAUGACCGUCACGGCGGCCAGCAACAUCUUCCCCGUCACAGUGCAGCCGCCUCACUGCGUGCCGGAGACGUACACCAACGCCACGUCCUGGUACAAGGUGUUCACCACGGUCCGGGACUCGGACACCAAGUACAGUCAGGACUACAACCCCUUCUGGUGUUACAAGGGAGCCAUCGGCAAGGUGUACCACGCCCUCAACCCAAAGCUCACCGUCAUCGUCCCCGACGACGACCGCUCCCUCAUCAACCUGCACCUGAUGCACACCAGCUACUUCCUGUUCGUCAUGGUCAUCACCAUGUUCUGCUAUGCAGUGAUCAAGGGCCGGCCGGGCAAAGUGCGGCAGAGCGGCGCCGACUUCUGUCCUGAGAAGGUACAGGCGAGCCCGGCAGGGCGUUCUGAGCUCCACAGGUGGCAUUGUCAGAGGGUUAAAAAGACAUCGGGGAGCUUUUCCAGAACUUAUCCGUAACAUGGACAAACUCAAAGAACCAGAAGAAAUGAAAACUAAACAUACCAGUUGCCUAGUGAACCCUGGAGACACAAUAAGGGACACAAAAGCUCUGUGAAUGCAUUACUCUGCAAUGUUGGGUUUCUCCAACCAAAGAUAUACAAGUGCCUGUAUCUGUGCUGUAAAUAUUUGUAGGAACUCUGAUAUUCUCUCUUUAUUUUCUCUUGAAUUCAUUUUUUUUUUUUUGCCUGAGUCCCCCUUCGUGCCAUGUAAGAACA